AUGAGAUCAGAGAAAUCUGGAAAGACAAUCUCCUCGCUAUCACACGAGCUUAACAGAAGGGGUAGGAACCAGGGAACGCCUAGCAGGCUAUUCCUGGAAAUUGCUAAACAACAAAGAGUUUCGACGACUACAGAGAUCCAGCGACUCCUUGUAAGAUACAAGGAUGAGCUAGGAAUUGUUAACUCCGCAAUCAAAGCAAUUCAAGACUCCUUGAAAAGGAUCCGAGAGCGACGGCGGGGUUACCCUGCUGUCGCUAGGGAACCACGCGAACAGGAGGUCAACGUCCCUGUUGCGGAAGUGCGCGAGCACUGGAAAUCUAUCAUUGGUGAACCGCAGCAAUUCCAACCUUCUGAUGACCUAAAAGCGUGGGCCCAAGGACUAGGAGAGGAGUCAAACAAUCUAGGCAUGGAGCUUCCUGAAGAGGUUUGGGCGAACAUAUUCGCAAAAAUCAAACCAUGGAAAGCUACCGGCCCAGAUGGCAUCCAAGGUUUCUGGUGGAAGAAAUUGCCGGAGGCCAAGGAGAGGCUAAAAAUGUGGUGUAAACAAGCACUGCAGAGACCUCAUCAAAAUAUCCCUAAAUGGCUAUGCCGCGGGAAGGUCGUUCUGAUCCCGAAAGGAAGCUCCCAAGCCAGAGGCCCAGGAGACUUCCGCCCGAUAGCGUGCUUGAAUACAUGCUAUAAAGUCCUAACAGCAAUGAUUGCUCAGCAAAUCCUCAGAACUGCCAGCUCCGUGCUUCCGCAGGAGCAGGUGGCCUUACGAAAGGGAAUCUGGGGAUGUAUUCAUGCGCAUACGCUGGAUCAAACGAUCUGUAAAGAUGCUAUAAGACGCAAUAAACCGCUGCAUAUGCUUUGGGUCGAUAUGACCAAAGCGUUCGAUUCGGUAUCACAUGGAGCGAUUAAAUGGAUACUGGCGAGAUCUGGUGUGCCGUCCCCGACUAGGAGACUGCUAUCCGUGAUCAUGUCAAGGCAGAGUGUAAGAUAUUGCGGAUACCAGAAUGGACGUAUGGUCAGGAGCAAACCUCUGGAUGUCAAAAGAGGAGUAAUGCAAGGGGACACCCUUAGCCCACUCCUUUUUUGCAUGGCAAUAGCCCCCAUCUCGGCGAAGCUGCGGAAUUCCGUCAGCCCGUAUCAAACAGCCACGGGAGCGCUGUCGCCUAACAGUGAACCUUUAGAGAUCAACCACCAAUUCUAUAUGGAUGACCUAAAGGUCUACACAUCCAGAUGGGAUGAUAUCGCCAAAGCAAAACAAGGGAUAGAAAAAGUUGCCGGGGAACUGGGACUACAAAUGAAUCCCACUAAAUGCGCGGUAAAUUCGCUCAACGUUCCCCAGCAGCUUACCGCAACAGAGGAAAUGGAAAACAUUCCAGUCCUCGGCUCUAGUUCACUAUAUAAAUAUUUAGGAGCUGAACAGAAUGCCCUAAUCAACAUAGAUGAAUUAUGGACUAGAGUUGUUGCGAAGUCGGAAACCACUGCAGUGAGGAUUAUGCAAAGCAUCCUCACAGUUCGCCAAAAGGUGAACGGAUAUAAUCAAGUAACUGCCAGCUCCGUGCUCCCGCAGGAGCAGGUAGCCUUACGAAAAGGAAUCUGGGGUUGCACUCAUGCGCAUACGCUGGAUCAAACGAUCUGUAAAGAUGCUAUAAGACGCAAUAAACCGCUGCAUAUGCUUUGGGUCGAUAUGACCAAAGCGUUCGAUUCGGUAUCACAUGGAGCGAUUAAAUGGAUACUGGCGAGAUCUGGUGUGCCGUCCCCGACUAGGAGACUGCUAUCCGUGAUCAUGUCAAGGCAGAGUGUAAGAUAUUGCGGAUACCAGAAUGGACGUAUGGUCAGGAGCAAACCUCUGGAUGUCAAAAGAGGAGUAAUGCAAGGGGACACCCUUAGCCCACUCCUUUUUUGCAUGGCAAUAGCCCCCAUCUCGGCGAAGCUGCGGAAUUCCGUCAGCCCGUAUCGAACAGCGACAGGGAAUGCUAACGCCUAG